AUGACCUAUAUAUCACAACAUCCCAGUGUAACCUUGUCCCUGCCUGGAUACAGUAGUACAGUACCUUUAGAUAUGACCUUUAUAUCACAACAUCCCAGUGUAACCUUGUCCCUGCCUGGAGACAGUAGUACAGUACCUUUAGAUAUGACCUUUAUAUCACAACAUCCCAGUGUAACCUUGUCCCUGCCUGGAUACAGUAGUACAGUACCUUUAGAUAUGACCUAUAUAUCACAACAUCCCAGUGUAACCUUGUCCCUGCCUGGAUACAGUAGUACAGUACCUUUAGAUAUGACCUAUAUAUCACAACAUCCCAGUGUAACCUUGUCCCUGCCUGGAUACAGUAGUACAGUACCUUUAGAUAUGACCUAUAUAUCACAACAUCCCAGUGUAACCUUGUCCCUGCCUGGAUACAGUAGUACAGUACCUUUAGAUAUGACCUAUAUAUCACAACAUCCCAGUGUAACCUUGUCCCUGCCUGGAUACAGUAGUACAGUACCUUUAGAUAUGACCUAUAUAUCACAACAUCCCAGUGUAACCUUGUCCCUGCCUGGAUACAGUAGUACAGUACCUUUAGAUAUGACCUAUAUAUCACAACAUCCCAGUGUAACCUUGUCCCUGCCUGGAUACAGUAGUACAGUACCUUUAGAUAUGACCUAUAUAUCACAACAUCCCAGUGUAACCUUGUCCCUGCCUGGAGACAGUAGUACAGUACCUUUAGAUAUGACCUAUAUAUCACAACAUCCCAGUGUAACCUUGUCCCUGCCUGGAUACAGUAGUACAGUACCUUUAGAUAUGACCUAUAUAUCACAACAUCCCAGUGUAACCUUGUCCCUGCCUGGAUACAGUAGUACAGUACCUUUAGAUAUGACCUAUAUAUCACAACAUCCCAGUGUAACCUUGUCCCUGCCUGGAGACAGUAGUACAGUACCUUUAGAUAUGACCUAUAUAUCACAACAUCCCAAAUAACAUCUUAUUCCCUUUAUAGUGCACUACUUUACAACAGAGACCUAUGAGCCAUUUGGGAAGCGGCCUGUGUGUUCUGUCUCACCUGAGGGGUAUGUGUGUGUGUGUUCUGUCUCACCUGAGGGGUAUGUGUGUGUUCUGUCUCACCUGGGGGGUGUGUGUGUGUUCUGUCUCACCUGAGGGGUGUGUGUGUGUGUGUGUUCUGUCUCACCUGAGGGGUAUGUGUGUGUGUUCUGUCUCACCUGAGGGGUAUGUGUGUGUUCUGUCUCACCUGAGGGGUAUGUGUGUGUGUGUUCUGUCUCACCUGAGGGGUGUGUGUGUGUGUGUUCUGUCUCACCUGAGGGGUGUGUGUGUGUGUGUUCUGUCUCACCUGAGGUGUGUGUGUUCUGUCUCACCUGGGGGGUGUUCUGUCUCACCUGAGGUGUUCUGUCCUGUCUGUCACACCUACCUGUCCGCCACGAUCCAUUGUGGACACCUGAACAUUCGUCUCUAUGACGGGUGUCUUUCAGAAGUCCUCUGGCUACGUUUACACAGGCAGCCCAGUUUUGAUCUUUUGCCACCUAAUUGAUAUUUUGCCAAUUAAAAGAUAAGAAUUGGACUGCCAGCGUAAAAGGACGUAACGUAACGCCCGUAUUACUUGGAGAGAAGUCUACACAUCAUGGCCUUGCCAUUCCACCAAAAUACAUGGAAUGCCCAUCGGAAGGACUACGGUCUGGGAUGGUUAUAGAAGGUCUGGGAUGGUUAUAGAAGGUCUGGGAUGGUUAUAGAAGGUCUGGGAUGGUUAUAGAAGGUCUGGGAUGGUUAUAGAAGGUCUGGGAUGGUUAUAGUAGAUCUACAGGGAUCUAUAUGUGAUCCGAUAGGGUCUCAGUAGAUAUAAGGUCUGCAUGACACUAUACACUUGGGACACUUAUUAACAUGUUUCCAUAUAAUCAUAUUGAUGUGUGUUAUUGUGUAAGUGUGUGUGUGGUGUGUGUGUCUUAGUGUGUAAGAGGUGCCCCGGGUUUAGGUUAUACUGCUGUGCUAGCCAAGGGAUUUUUAGGUUGUAUAAGCAAUAUUAAAUAUGGACUGUUGUGUUUUUUUUGGUGUGUAUUUUUGGAAGUGGAAGGGAGGAGGGAACGGAGAGGCGUAUUGCUUCUUAUUUCUCCCUGGUGACUGAGACACAUAUUGAUGAUGUAACAGCAGUAAAUUAUUUAUCCUAAA